GUACAGCAAUGCGCGGCACCCUGCGCGAAUGAUAGGAAGGAGAGAGUCAUGGUACCAGGGGGAGGCGAAGAGGGUACAUCCAUUUUCGACCAGGAUAGCGAGCAAUCGAAGCCUUUGCUGGGAGACGACUACGAUAGGGACGGCGCAAGCAGUGCCGCACUGCCCGCGGGUGCCAAGAAGAAGGUAGCGGAAUAUCUGUCCGCUGCCGAAGAAAGCGUGAGCGUUGUGCACCGGGUGCUUCAUGGACUGUACGGGCACCUCCCCAGGGAGGACGUGCCUCGGAUAGUCUGGCUAUCUUUGACGCUCUUCGCCAUUAUCGGCGGCUUCUGGCUGCUGGACUCGUUGAAAGACACCGUGCUGGAGGGGACCGUGGGGCUCGAGUAUCAGCCGAGAGCCAAGCUGGUGUCGGUGGCGGUGACGCUGCUCCUCGUCAUCCAGUACAACAGGCUGGUGGAUUCCUGCAGCAAGCCCACGCUGUUUUACAUCCUAGGGGCCUGCUACACGCUGCUCUUCCUGCUGGUCAGUUUGGUGCUGCGGACCGCCCCGCUCGGCCUGGCCAACUGGGGCACGAGACCCGCUCGGGUGAUCGGGUGGGUGUCUUUCGUGGCGAUCGAGUCGUACGGGUCUCUGGCCGUGGCGCUGUUCUGGGCCUUCACUAACGCCACCGUCGACCUCGAGGCGGCGAAGGCUUCCUACGGGCUGGUGAUCGCCGGGGCUCAGAUCGGAGCCAUUAUAGGGUCGACGGCCGCGACACUGCCCAUGCACAACGAGAGCCUCCACGUGUGGCAUCUCUACGCGGCCGGGGGGCUCUGCCCCGCACUAAUGGCAUUGCUUGUUCGCGGCUACGUGUUCUUUUUCGGCAACAACCUGCCGCGGGAACGCUUGACCAACAUCCAGGGGACCGUUGACAGCGCCCUCAACGGGCUCAAGCUUGUGCUUCGGCACCAGUACGUCGCGCUCCUCUUCGGGAUAAGCUGUCUGUACGAGGUGGUGCUGACUAUCUUGGACUACCAGAUGAAGGUUCUGGGCGUGGAAAUGUUCCGCGAAACCGCGGGCGACGAGGCAGACGAGCGCAUGGCGAGCCUCAUGGGGCACUUCGGCCAGACGACCAACUCGCUGUCGCUGCUCAUGUCACUCUUCGGCACGAGCCUCUGCGUGCGCCUGCUCGGGUUGCGGAAAACUCUGAGAAUUUUUCCGACGCUCCUGGUGGUCGCGGUGGUGACGUCGUUCUUCGCCCCGUCAUUGAGCUUCCUCUUCGUGGCCGUCGCCAUUCUCAAGGGGUUAACGUACGCCCUCAACGAGCCGUGCAAGGAGAUGCUAUACCUACCCACGUCCGACGCCAUCAAGUUCAAGGCCAAGGGCUGGAUAGACGUGUUCGGGUCACGGUGUGCCAAGGGGGUGGGCUCCUUCGUGACGCUCAGCAGCCGGGGGGAUCGGCGUAGGCUGGCCACGUACGGGGGCGUCGCGAGCUUUUUGAUCAGCUUGAUACUGCUGGGGGUUUCGUACGUGAUGGGGGGGCAUUUUGACGCUCUCAUAAAGAGCGGGGAGAUCGUCGGGGCCGGGGAGGACGGCGACGAUAGCGGGAACGCGGGUGCGCCUCCGUCACAUCGCGGUGACGGGCUGGGGACAACGGGAGGGGUUGAGUUGCCGCCACCAGCCAGCGGUGAUGAGGCAUCUCGUCAGUGGAGGGGGCGGGGGGAGGGGGAAGGGGGUUGGUCAGAGCGGCCGUCGCUCUCGACACUUCGAACAGUGGACGUGUAGUUUCGUGUGUGUGCGAAAGGUGUGGUUGUUCGUUAUCCGUGUGUUUGAGCCGUUCUUCAGCCUUGAUGAUUAUCACAAAUGAUCUUCGUAGAGUGCUUUGUUUUCUAAGGGCAGGGUUGUUUGGAGAGGGAGGGGCGUGCUGUUACCCCUUGACAGAGAGAGCGUUCCGCAGUUGAUGCGUGGGUUCUUGUUCACAUGGGCAGUGUUUUCCGUUUUUGUUCCAGGAUGCUUCCGAUGCGGAGGCAGGCAGCACCUUCGACUCUUGCCUUCUCGGUUGAGGUGUGUUUCUCGCUCACAGGAAGUCGUUGCGUUGUAGCGAGACGCGGUAUAAAAGGUGGCGUGGGCGAUGUUUUCUUGGUGUCACGGUGGUGGUGUCUGCGGGCGUGGGUCCGUCCUCGUCUAUUUGUAGCAUUCUUUCAGAUCCCGGGGGAUGGAUGGGCGGUGUCCUGUGCUUCGUCUGCAGACUCGCAAGAAACCAGCUGUAAGAAACCGACUUGCGGAGCUACGCCGCGUGGUGGGUACGAGAGCGAGCACGACGUGUUUCUUGCCGCUGCCUGCACCUUCUCACAUACAUUGCACGAGUAUAUGAAGCAACUCUUCUGUACGGGGCAGGUGCGUGAGCGUUGGAAGAUGGGCCGGUCGUGUCGGUGUUUCGAGUUUCGGAACAACCCAUGUUCCCUCGCACACAACGUAGCACCUCUGUGGUGAAAUGCGGGG